CUGGGCGUCGUGCCGCAGCACGACGUUUUAUGGGAGAAGCUCACGGUCCGCGAGCACGCGCACUUUUGCGCGGUCCUCAAGUCCAACGCCUACGAGCCGUCCUGCGCCGACGCCGACGCGUUACUCGAGACCUUCCACCUCGGCGAGCGCCUGGGCCACUUCGGCGGCGAGCUCUCGGGCGGCAUGCGGCGGAAGCUCUCGACGGCCUGCGCGCUCGCGGGCGGCUCCAGGUUCGUCGUCUUGGACGAGCCGACGACGGGCCUCGAUCCUCUCGCGCGCAAGGAGCUCUGGGACGUGCUCGAGCAGGAGAAGGCCGAGCGCACGCUCCUGCUGACGACGCACUACAUGGACGAGGCCGACGUGCUCGGGGACGUCGUCGCGAUCAUGGUCGCCGGGCGCCUCAAGUGCGCGGACGCGCCCGAGGCCUUGAAGGCGGCCUACGGC